AUACCCAAAGAGUUUAAUUUGAAAGCGCACAUGUAAACAUCUCGAGUACCAUCUGUGUACAAGUAUCGUCUAAAUUGUAGCUGAGAUGAUUCACUGACUUGAUUAAGCGACAAGAGAAAUGCCUAAGAAUAAAGCAAUGCCAUGUCCGAUACUCGGGACAACCUUCAUUCUAGACGCGGACGAGGUCCACGUGGUGGUGGUCGUGGUUCCCGUUACUCCAGCAGACAAGCACACCAAAAAUAUUCAUCAACAGAAAGACUGAAUGUGAGCGCACACGACAGCUUCGGUGGUCAUGGAAAUGCAAAUGACAAUGUGGAGGGAUAUGUAGAGGAUACUGGUGACCCGUCAGUACGGCGAAAAAGCAGAUCUAUGGCCCAGCAUAACAAUUACACCGGACGGGGUCGGAAUAGAUCAAAUAGCCGAACAGAUAACAGAUACCACAAUGCUGAAGCUGGCGUGCAGGCUGCCCGGCCUAGUGGUGACGGUGGUUUCAGGCCCAAACGAGAAGUAAGACCAACAGGUUAUAAACGGUUAGAAGAGGUUCUUAGUAAAGACCAGGCUGAGGCACUAAUACAGUUGUCAUCUACAUAUUUUGGUUUUGAAAAAUUACUUAACGAGCCCGAAAUACGCCGAGAUCUUCGCACAUUGAUAUGUCGCGUACUUAUUCAUGCUUGUCAAUGUACUACGUCUACAGUUUCCUUAAAUGCCCUCUUAAGUAAAGUUCAAAAUUCUAUGUUUAUUAAGUAUCAUAUGCAUCAGCAUAUUUUGGCAUUGAAAAAUGAAAGAGGUCCUAGAGUGAGACACGAAGUAGAAAUCCAGGACAUCAUCACUGUAAUUAGAAUGCUUGUCGAACGUCUCCCAAGUGCCACACGAGAGGUAAAAGCAUCACUGAUGUUGUUAGAACUAACUAUGGAAGAGUUAUAUGAAGUAGGGUUAAUCUACGAUAGCAACAUCCGAUCACGUUUUGAUGAAUUAAUAGAGUUUGUAAAAGAAGUGGAAAAAACUCAAGGUGAAAAGGACAAACCUGCUACAAGAAGGAAGAUUAAUAACAUAGAUGACGACAACCCACCACCAAAUAAUUUCCGGGACAUUCCAAUAUUUCCGACGUUGGAAGACCUGACAACGGACACCAUUCCAUUUUUACGAAGAAAUAAAUUAGAUGGAAGUUAUGAUAAUGCAGAUCAUUAUCUAGACGUUCAGUUUCGCUUACUUCGUGAAGACAUGGUAAGACCACUCCGUGAAGGCAUCAAAGAGUACCUAAAGUACAAACAUGACCGACAUAGACGAAUAACCGACAUACGCGUAUAUAAUGACGUCACUGUUGAGUACCCGAUAUGUUCACAUGAUUGUGUAAUAUACAAAGUUCGCUUCGAUGUCUCUCGACUGAAGGGAGUUCGUUGGCAAUCUACAAAGCGCCUCAUAUACGGGUCAUUGGUAUGUCUGUCUACAGAUGAUUUCCAGACAGUUUGCUUUGCUACUGUUGCGAAUCGUGAACCAAAAGAUCUUGAGAAUGGGUUCUUAGAGUUAAAAUUUGAAAUAGAAGGCGAAUUAGAAAACACAAGAAACGAAAAGUUCACCAUGGUUGAAACAUCUUCAUUCUUUGAGGCUUACCGUCACGUGCUUCUGAGUCUUCAGUUGAUUACAGAACAGAACAUGCCUAUGAGGAAGUACAUAAUUGAGGCCAACCAUGAAGUCAAUGCGCCAUAUUAUUUACGCUACAACAGGAAUAUGACAUAUGACCUUGCACCUUUAAUUGAUAAAGAUACUCCGAAACGUAUGCUUGUCAAGAUAGCAGGAAAUACAUGGCCAUCCGCUCACUCUCUUCAACUAGAUGAUUCUCAGUUCAACGCAUUAAAAACUGCAUUGACCAAAGAGUUUGCAGUAAUCCAAGGACCUCCUGGAACUGGUAAAACCUACGUUGGUUUGAAAAUAGUGCAUGCGCUACUUCAUAAUAGGGAAUGCUGGACCAUUGAUGGUGUGCGUGCUGAGGUGAAAGAGAGUCCUAUAUUCGUUGUCUGCUAUACGAAUCAUGCCCUAGACCAGUUUCUUGAAGGGAUUUAUUCAUUUCAACGUGAUAGUAUCGUGCGUGUUGGUGGGAGAAGUAGUAGUGAGACUUUGAAGAAAUUUAACAUAACAAACCUUCGACAGGAAUCACGGGAGCGGAAAGAAGUACCAAGACACAUACUCGACAUGAAGAGAGAGCUUCUUCAAAAACGAAAUACCCUACGAGAUGUUAUGGAACAUGCCAUGGAAAAGAUCAAACUGACAACAACCGGAGUAAUCGAUGAACUCUUCCUUGAGACAUGGAUGCUAGACAAACAUUACACAUCUUUGACAGAUGGAAGAGAGCAGUCAAUGAUGUCUUGGUUAAAUUUGGAUGGGGGAGAUAGCAACAUAGAUAUCGAUACUUAUUUCGGUUUUAUUGAAAUCAACGAUGAAAAGGAGAAUGAAGAAGAGGAAAAUGAAGACGACGAACAACUGGAAGUGGCCGAGGAGUCGGAUUUGAUUGCAGAGCAACGGUUACUUAAUAUCGAUGAUGCAGAUGAGGGCACAGGCCUAUCGGCGAUGCGAAGUACGAGAGAGAAAGAUAAAAUUAAGAACACUGUUAGAAAACAACUUGCCUUUGAUCCGGAACAAAUGGGACGAUUUAAAGACAAGGACGGUUUCCAAUUGCCUAAACAAGGAAGAAAAAAAAGAAUGCGAAACUUUAAAUUGGAGCUUCAAAAAACGGACAAAAUGAGCAAUGUUGAAGCUGCUAGAGUGCAAAACGUAUGGAGUCUAAAAGGUAAUGAUCGUUGGCGUCUAUAUCGAUUUUGGACAUCCCGGUAUUGUGAUCACGAACGACAGUUACUAUUCGAAAAGCAGGAAGAAUACAAUACAAUAGGAAAACAACUUCAGGAACUCAGAUUAGAAGAGGAUCUCCUUCUAAUGCGAAAUGCUAAAGUGAUUGGUAUGACAACAACUGGAGCAGCGAGAUGCCGAGAUAUGAUUCAAAGAAUCAAGUCAAAGAUUGUCAUUGUUGAAGAAGCAGCAGAAGUACUAGAGGCUCACAUAGUGUCCAGUUUGACCGAAGGUUGUGAACAUUUAAUACUAAUUGGUGAUCAUCAACAACUUAGACCAAAUCCGACUGUAUACGAUCUUGCCAAACGGUAUAAGUUGGAAAUUUCACUUUUCGAAAGAAUGGUAGAAAAUGGCAUGCACUGCGAGAGGCUAAACACUCAGCAUAGAAUGCGACCAGAGAUAUCAUCUCUUAUGAAGAAUCAUUUCUACAAAGGUCUUCAAGAUGCACCUAGUGUACACAAUUAUGAAACUGUCAAAGGAGUCGCAAAUAAUAUGCUAUUUAUAGAUCAUGAUCACAAAGAAGCAUCCGACAACGAUACGCUGAGCAAAUCCAAUGUAUACGAAGCAGAGUUUUUAGUAGGCUUGUGUAAGUACAUGAUCCAGCAAGGCUACAAACCAUCAGAAAUUACGAUUCUUACAACCUACACGGGUCAACUUUUUCAGUUCAAAAAACAAAUGAAAUCUAAUUUCUUUAAAGGAGUUCGCGUUUGCGCAGUUGAUAAUUUUCAAGGCGAGGAAAAUGAGAUCAUUCUUCUUUCUCUGGUAAGAAGCAAUGACGAGGGUAAAAUUGGAUUUCUGAAAGAGAAGAAUAGAAUGUGCGUGGCACUAUCAAGAGCAAAGAAAGGACUAUUUUGCAUCGGUAAUAUAAAGCUUCUAACUCAGGACGACCAGUGGAGGAAAAUUGUAACAGACCUUCGUCAGAAAAAUCUACUCAGCAAAACUAUUCGACUGUGUUGUCAAAACCACCCAGGUACAGCAGUGGAUGUACAGCAGCCAAAUGAUUUUACGAAGUGUCCAGAGGGAGGUUGCAGUAAACCAUGCACUUAUAGACUUGAUUGCGGUCAUGUUUGUACGUUGCCAUGCCACCCAUACGAUCCUGAACACAAAAAUGUCAAAUGUUCGAGGCCAUGUACCAAGGUGCAUUGUCCUAUCGGUCAUCCAUGUAGGUUUCGCUGCUAUCAAAAAUGCGAACUAAAAUGCACAGUUUCGGUGGAAAAGUUUCUGAUGUGCGGACAUGCUCAGAUAGUACCCUGCUUCAAAGAAAUAAGUACAGUAACGUGCAUUUCGGAUUGCAUAAAAAUUUUGCAAUGUGGACAUGCUUGUAAAGGAAAAUGUAGCCAACCAUGCACCAGUACGUGCAGAGAGAUUGUUUCUAAGCUGUGGCCUUGUGGACAUAAGGGCGAGUAUCAGUGCCACGUGGAUGAUCCUAUGUCCUGUUCAAAUCCAUGCGGUGCCAUUUUGAAAUGUGGCCACCCGUGUCAAGGAACCUGUGGAGGUUGUAAGAAUGGCCGUCUACAUCAACAGUGUUGUUCGAAGUGUGAUAGAACUUUAGUUUGUGGUCAUGGAUGUCUUGAACCGUGUACACGCAACUGCCCACCGUGCAGAAAAUCGUGUGAGAACCGCUGCGUUCACAGCAAGUGUCCAAAGAAAUGUGGGGAAAAAUGCACACCUUGUACAAUGCCAUGCGAGUGGCGGUGUCAGCAUAAACAAUGUACCAUGCAGUGUGGUCAACUAUGUAACCGACGACGAUGUGACAAGCCUUGCAAAAAGACUCUCUCUUGUGGUCAUCAAUGUGCUGGUCUUUGUGGUGAGCUGUGCCCAAGGAAAUGCUUGAUUUGCGAUAAUAUCGAAUUGACAACAAUAAUGUUUGGAAGUGAAGAUGAACCAAACGCAAGAUUUAUUCAAUUAGAAGACUGUGGACAUGUGAUAGAAUCAACGGCAUUGGAUGCUUGGGUGGAUCUGGAAGAUGACGGAAGUACAAAUGUGCAGUCGAAAGUUUGUCCAGUAUGUAAAACACCGAUUAGAAGGAAUCUACGAUAUGGUAAUAUAAUAAAACAGCUACAGAUGGACAUAGAGAGUGUGAAAUCCAAGAUACUUGGAGAUGAGCAUAAAAUACGUCUUGAUAAACUUCGUUUACAAAGAGAAAUUCAACGUUUGUCUGAUAAAGAGUGCGGAACAUUUCUUCUCAGUGAACUAAGUACAUUAUUGACAGCAGAGCAGGUUGUUGACAUGAAAAACAAAUUGCAGUUUGUUUCAAAAGUGGAAGAGAUUAAAAAAGCAGGGGAUGGAAAAAUUAAUUCAAGAUAUGCAGUUAUUGAAAAACGUAUAAAGAAGGAACUAGAUACUUGCAAGGAAUUGAUUCUCAAACCAAGAAAUCACUUUAGUGAACAAAUGCUAGACGAUAUAGCGUCAGAACUGCAACGUCUUUCAUUCUAUAUGGAACUGUACGUGCUUAAAAGUGAAUUGCGUAUUAGAAAAAUUAGCUCAGAAAAAUUAGCAGAUUACACACACUUUGUAAAGAAACACGUUACUUCAAUCGGUCCUCUCAAAGAACAAAACGUAAAAACCAUUAUAUUUUGCUUGAAAAAAAUCAGCGAAGAAUGUGGGGUUGUUCCAGGGAUAUCAGAUACAGAACGAGUGCAGAUUGUACAGGCUAUGGGUCUAUCCCAAGGUCAUUGGUUCAAGUGUCCAAAAGGUCAUAUAUAUGCAAUUGGUGACUGUGGUGGCGCAACGGUGGAGAGUAAAUGUCCAGAAUGCGGGUCUACUAUUGGAGGUACACAACACCGCCUUCGUAGUGACAACCAACUGGCAAGUGAGAUGGACGGUGCGUCAUACGCUGCCUGGUCGGAGCAGACUAAUCUAGAAAACUACGGAAACAUGUUCUAGACAUCGGAUAUUACCAAAUAGCGCCAAUUCAAAAUUGAAUUUUAUAUAUAGGCCUAAAAUUUUAAAUCAUGUCUUCAUUAAUUUUGGUUCAGUAAUGAUCAAUCUGAGCAUUUUUUAAAUUUCGGUAUAAAUCCUUGGUACUCGGUAAAAAAAAAUAAAAAACAACACCAAUAUAUAUACCUCUUCACCUCUACUUGUGAUGAAACAGGUUUUAAUUUCAUCUGUCCCGUGUGAAAGACACAUUUAGCACAAGUGAGUGUACAUACAAAAAUGUCAUGUUGCACUUAUAAAGCAUAGACUCUAUUAAAAAAAGAAUCAUAAGUUGUCUGUCAUACAAAAAAAAACAAACAAAAAAUUUCUUCAUUAAAUUAGCGCCCUGUAUGAUUAUUUUAGUAAAUGGUAGUAAUCGAUAUACAGUACAUAGCACAAUGAAAAAUCGUUUUAAAGCGCUUAACCAACACGGACAACACAUUUAAUUGUCAAAUUAAAUGUGUACGUGUACGUGGAGUACAAGAAAUCAGAUACGUGGCAAUGUCAAAGUAUUGUUAUAGUUGUAUUGUGUAUAGUAUGGAAUUACAAUAAUCAACAAGUUUCAGGACAUCAUCAGUGGUCAUGAACUUCAUAGUGAAGUUUAAGUGUUAGGAGAUGGUUUUACAUGCGUUGGUGAUGUCAAUUUCCAUUAUGGAACCCGAAGAUUAUAUAGUUAAUUUGGACUUUUAAAUAAUAUGGUCUUUUUGAGGUGUCACAAGCUACAUUACUUUGACUUUACGAUUUAAUUUCACUUUUGUUGUUCGGUCUAUGUUAAUCUACUAUAAUAAAUAAAUCAUGCAUCCCAUAUAAAAAUAAUGAUGAUAAUAAUAAUAAUAAUAAUAAUAAU